UCUCGCGUCGUCGCAAUGCUGCCGUGCGCCGCGGGAGCCAGGGGGCGUGGGGCCAUGGUGGCCUUGCGGGCGGGGAAGAAGAGUCUUCUCCGCGCUCUCAGCCGCUCCUUCGCCUGCCGCGGCUGUCAACUCGCUCCGGAGCGCGGCGCCGAGCGCAGGGAUACGGCGCCCAGCGGCGUGUCAAGAUUCUGCCCUCCAAGAAAGUCUUGCCAUGAUUGGAUAGGACCCCCAGACAAAUAUUCAAACCUUCGACCUGUUCACUUUUACAUACCUGAAAAUGAAUCACCAUCGGAACAAAAGCUUAGAAAAUUAAGACAAGAAACACAAGAAUGGAAUCAACAGUUCUGGGCAAACCAGAAUUUGACUUUUAGUAAGGAAAAAGAAGAAUUUAUUCACUCAAGACUAAAAACUAAAGGCCUGGGCCUGAGAACUGAAUCAGGUCAGAAGGCAACAUUGAAUGCAGAAGAAAUGGCAGACUUUUACAAGGAAUUUUUAAGCAAAAAUUUUCAGAAGCACAUGUAUUAUAACAGAGACUGGUACAAGCGCAAUUUUGCCAUCACCUUCUUCAUGGGAAAAGUGGCCCUGGAAAGGCUUUGGAACAAGCUUAAACAGAAACAAAAGAAGAGCAACAGCUAGGAGUCCACUCUGACCCAGCCAGAGUCCAGGUUUCCACAGGAAGGAGAUGGGUAGAGGAGCUCCUUUUACAGGAGCUCUGAGAAAAACUGGAACUGAUCUCAGGAAGCCCCACAUCUCCCUAAGGGGCCCCAUGGCCUGUUUGGGGGCAGGGUGGGUCCUGGGGCACUGUGGGCUGCCUGCCUGCUGAUGUGGGCUCUAGGCCAGCUUGUUGUCACGGACAUGGUGUCAAAUAAAGCCCAAGCACUGGG